AUGGAUGAAUUAACGAAGGAAAUGGAACAUUUAAAAGACCUGCUAGGCGAGGGAGCGAUUGACAAUGUCUCAGAAAACCCCAAAGACGGAGCUGAAAACCAGUCACUUCUCGUGAACGCGUCCUUUUGGGAACUCCGAAGUUUCGAGUACAAAAUCUCGGAGACAGAGGUGGAGGAGAUUCUAUGGUCUGAGUUUAUG